AAACUGCCGGAUAUAUUGGUGGAUGUGCUUAUCUGCAAGCUGCGUUCCCGUCGGCCACGUGGUUCUUCCCAGUUACGUGGUGGUGCCGCGGCGUUCUGCAAAGGCGGUACAUGACUAGCACAAAUGCGAUGGCGGUUGAAUGCGCCUCGCAGAAUGGUAUAGCCCAGGAUGCUUGCACUUGAUCUUGCAAUCUCGCAUAUUUCUUUCACCGCGCUCCGUCACACCGUGCCUGGCCGGCUCGGCUGUCGCCGGUCACGCGAUACAGUUGGAAAAAAAAAUUACGAUAGCGCGCGCUUCUCGCCAUUACAUGCUUUGUUCCAUAGCGCCGCAGAAACGCGGUAGCUUUAAAACAUGGCGACCGUGCGAGGAGAACAUCCUUCCGGAGUGAACAGCAGCGUGCCCUGCGACGUGAACUUACCGAUACUUCUGCACGCAGCUGUCAGCAAGCUAAACAAACCUGGUGCCUCUGGACUACGGCACGUUUGCGCAACCGUCGCGAGAGCCGACGACGUACGAACUGUCAUGGAGAACAACACGGAAGUCGUGGUCACUGAAGAAGAAGAGCCUCCUCAAGGAACCGAGACGGAUACUCCCGACACUGACUGGAUUCCAGCCGCAGAAGAGGCCAAGAAGUUGGUUGCGGAUCCCGUACAGGUUCCAGCUUCAAGAAAAGGUCGUCGUGCAACAUUCCACCACAGCGUAGGAGCCGGCCGAAACCAUCGUCUUAUAGCGGCAAAGUCGGCUAGGCAUGCCGCUCCAAGAUCCCAUCUUCCUGCUUGGCGCCGUUCUCCGACUCGUCGCCCAACAAUCGCGACGCCGAUGUAGCACAUAUGCGCCUGUUGUACUUCCGCCCGUGGGCAUUUUGUAAUAUUUAUUAAGCGUCCGGAUGAUCACAUUUCUUAAUGCGACUUUAUUAUUUGGACGAACGCUGCUGUUGCAUAAGCCUUGCUUUCAUAAGCCCUUGCUGUCAUAAUAAACGUGUAAUUACGAUGAAUUUGUCGCUUUC